GAUAUUGCUCCUUCAGCAAAAAAGACAACAACUAAUACACAUUCAGUGCCUUCUAUUCAGUUGCACUAUGUUAACCCAGAUUUUGCAAAUAAAAAAGUAUACAAUGCCGAUGACGCUGCUCCUUAUAUUGUCCAUGUAACAAAGCCAGAGACCGAACGGGGUCCUGUCCUUAAUCCCAUCCAGUUUGGUCAGUUCGUUUUUAAAAAUAAUGUUCAAAAUAUUAAAUUGGAUGGUAUUAAAAAGAUAGGCCGUAAUCGCGUUUCAAUCGAAUUUAAAUCUCCAGACCACGCUAACUCUUUUAUAGACUUGCCUAGCUUAUCAAGUGCAGGAUACAUUGCAACUAUACCGUCAUACAGCGUAUCUCGUAUGGGCAUUGUCCGCAAUGUCCCUGUAGACUGGUCUAUGGAGGAGUUGGUUGAAAACAUGCAAGUUCCAUCAGGUAAUGGCAAAGUAGUUAGAGCACGUAGGUUGAGUCGCAAAUCUAUGACUGACCAAAACUCCCCUGUUUGGCUACCUACGCAAUCUGUGGUUCUUACAAUCACAGGACAAAAAUUACCUCCUCAUGUUUACUGCUACUACAACUCGUUACCAGUUGAAGUAUAUAAGUUACCCACAAUACAGUGCAAUAAAUGUUGUCGCUUUGGUCACGUUAAGGCACAGUGUAGGUCAGAACCCCGGUGCUUUAAGUGUUCACAUAAGCAUGAAGGAGCAACAUGCACUGCAACUUCUUUAACUUGCAUGCACUGUAGUGGUCCACAUGCAGCAAAUGAUGUUUCUUGCCCUGAAUAUAUCAGGCAAAAAGAAAUAAAGUUUGUAAUGAGUCGGGAAAGUAUCUCAUACAUGGAGGCGUCAGCUCGAUUCCCCCGUGUGAGACGAUCCUUUGCCGAUUCUGCUAGGACUUCUUCUUCUGCAAAUGUCAACACUUCUAGACAGACUUAUAGACAGACUGACAGACAGAAUGACAGACAGACAAAUUCUCCCACCACCACUUCCUAUAGGAAGACUGUGUAUAUUCCCCGUCGUCCCAUUAUUCCUGUGGCCCCUGGGUAUGACCAUGAGGCACACAGAAAUAUAAUUGAAGAACCAGAAUGCCAGUCUCCUAAUGGAUGUGCAUAUCCCUCACCUAAUGAAAAGUCCCCUGUUUCCCAGAACGACAAACUGCUUGACAAUCUUUCUUACUUUUUUAUUGACCUCAUUUCUAGAUUUGGCGACUCCCUACCGAACAAAACUCUUUCCAACCUGACCCAUAUCUCAAAACUGUUGCCCAAUAAUGGCUCACACUGUAAUACAGUGGAACAGCCGGAGCAUCAGGAAUAAAAAACCAGAUAUUUGUAGUUUAAUUAAUUUACAUAAGCCAUCAAUUCUUGCCGUCCAGGAAACAUGGCUGGCACCGGGGUCUCGUUUUCGAAUCCCAGGCUAUGUCUGUUUCCGGGACGACAGGUCUGAUGGCAGGGCUGGAGCAGCCAUUUUGGUCUCCAGCCAUUGUACAUAUUCUGUAUAUAACCUCCCUGUACAUAGUAGUAGCUUUAAUAUUGUA